UUUAAUUAUCUAAUAUCUAUUGAGUAUGAAUCGUCCGGAACUGGACUAUUACGCCGUGCUGGACAUUCCACGCAAUGUCACCAAAGAGCAGAUCACCCUGGCAUAUCGACGCAUGGCUGUGCGCUUGUGUCCACACAGAGAUAAGAAAUAUGAGCUGGAUUUCGUUCCAAUGGCCCAGGAGGGCAGAUUGACGCAUUUGUCUCCAAUGGCGGAGACCAAGCAGUGGGCGUACAUUAAUAUGGCAUAUGAUGUGCUGGGCAACGAGUUAUAUCGUGCCAUCUAUGAUCGCUAUGGUGAGGCAGGCCUGUUUGAGGGCGUGAUGCUGCCGAAUGGCUACUUUCCACCAUAUCAAUACCAUGGCGAUCACAUGGAGGUGUACGAGCGUGUAUUCUCCAGCUAUUCGCCGUAUGCGAAUGUUAUUGAUGCCAUUACGAAUCCACCAAGCUUGUAUGCCACGAGGGAGCAUGGCGUGGGAGUGCGACACAAGGAUGCCAAUACGGAACGUAUUAUACAUUUGUCAUUGGAGGAGGUACGCACGGGUUGUGUGAAGCUGAUGCAUGUGUGGCGUCAGGAGAUUGUCGACGCUAGGGAGUCCCGUCUGGAGAAACGCAAGCACACACUUAAGCUCAUCAUACAGCCGGGCACCACGGCCGGAACACGCUAUUGCUUUAAGGAGGAGGGUGAUCGCUACCCAACGACCAUCCCUGGUGACAUUAUAUUCAUUGCCGCCGACAGGCCGCAUCCGACAUUUGAGCGGCGCAACAUGCAUGACCUGGUCUAUCGCUAUGACAUCAAUCUGGCUCAGGCUUAUACGGGAUUCAUAUUCUACGUGAAUACCCUAGACAAGCGACAGUUGAAGAUCGUCAUCUCAGAUGUGGUUACUCCGGGCUACCAGAAGAUUGUGCCACUGGAAGGGCUGCCCAAGUGCCGUAAUUUGGAUGCUGUGAAUGCAAUCAAGCAAGCUAAUAAACGAAUUGAGGAGUUUGGUGAUCUCAUAAUAGAGUUUAAUUAUAUAUUUCCAAGAUAUUUGACACCACAAAUGAAGAAAUUGACACGUGAGUUCUACCAAGAGUUUCGUAAAUUGGAAAUGGAACUGGAGGAGGAAGAGCGCAUGCAGAUGCAGGGUACAUAAGAUUUUAAUUAACUUAUUGUGGAAAUAAAAAUUGUCUGUAGUUCAGCGUGAGCAGCAUACUAAGUCUGAAGUAUCGGUGUCGCUUUAUUAUGGUAUCGAUUAGCUUAGUACAUAUCGAUAGGUUAUUCAUUUUUACGAACAGGUAAAACACAGCAUAAUUAAAAAACAGCAAGUAAAGCAACAAAGAAUAAUAAUUUGUGCUAAAAAACAAGUAUAUAAAAUUGUAUAACCAUUUCAGUUUGCUUAAAUUCGCCUUAAGCUCAACUAAAGCAUCAAUAAAUUGCUCAAUUCGAAUCAAGCAAAGCGAUAUUUUGCUGCAUAAUUCAAUUACUGACACCUGUGCAGUACGCCCCUCCCCCACUCUAUCAAGUUUGAUACGGAAAUUCCAGCGCUACGCUCGAGUGCAAGUGGAGGCUGGCUAGCUGACCGCACCCACAAUUAACGG